GCCGAGCGAGCCCAGUAGCGGAGGUGGGUGGGGCAGGAGGACGGGGGGGCUCCCCCUCCCCUUUCUAACUGGUGCUGCCCUUUGCAUGGUGCUGGUAAUUCGCAGACGAUCCCUUGGCUUGCUGAGUUGGUUUGUUGUGGUGCCACGGGGUGCUUUUUACAGCCUGGCGAGGCAGACCAGGUUUCCUGGAGAGGCGUAGCCGGCGUAGGUGCAGUUGGCCUGGAAAGGGCGCUGCCAGCAAAAAGACGGAAAAAGUGUCCCAGUGCGCAGUCAGCAAUUUGAAGAUGGUCCCUCGGUAGCCGCGGUUGGAUGGAGCGAACCCCCGAGAGCUGAGCUGUCCUCCUGCAGACUGACUUCUCCAGAAUGGCAAGAGUUGACCCUGGUGCCUGGAACCAAGCCUGAAUUGGGGAAUGAUCCUUCUUGGGAUGAAAUGCCAUUAAAGAGGGGACAGGAGUUUCUGGGGGUGUUAAUUCCAAAGCCUGAAGCACUGAUAGUGAAGAGGACCUUUCCUGGUCUCCACCUUAAAUUCUUCAGAUAUUGAUGGGGUAUUUCACACAGCAGAACUCCCUGGGAGACCACUGAUUUAACAGAUGGACAACACGAUCAUGACCACACCUUCGUCAGGAGACAGGAGUUCCAUCUCUCUGAACGUUCUCACGUAUCUGGAUGCUCUGACCAACAGUACGGAGGAUCAAUGCUUCAGCGCCCGCUCCCGCAGCACUGUCUUACAAGGGCUGCCAUUUGGCGGUGUGCCCACAGUACUUGCUCUCAACUUCAUCCUUUGGAUGGUACUUCUCUUCAUCUUCUCUUGCCUUCGGAAAGCAGCUUGGGACUAUGGACGCCUAGCCUUGCUGAUGGAUAAUGACAGCCGUUUGUCUCCAAGCACAUGGAACUCCUACGACCUGACAUCCCUCUUCUACGGAGAACAAAGUGAAAAAGAGAAGUCCCCAUCUGAGACCAGCCCUUUGGAUGCUGACAACAAAGAUGUGGGAUUCUGCUCCUGGCUUCUUUCAAUUUACCAGAUGAAAGAUGAAGAAAUUCAAAGCAAGUGUGGAGUUGAUGCCACAACCUACCUCUCCUUCCAGCGGCAUCUGUUGGUGUUGCUUUUGAUCACUUGUGUACUGUCCGUGGCUGUCAUCCUUCCCGUCAACUUCUCUGGUGAUCUCCUUGGGAAAAAUCCAGCUAAUUUUGGCCGAACCACAAUUGCAAAUGUUCCCAAAGAUGACCGUCUCUUGUGGCUGCACAGUAUCUUUGCUCUCCUCUAUUUCAUCAUCACUGUUCUCUGCAUGACUCAUCAUUCCAUCCAACUAGAGUAUAAGGAAAAUGAAAAGCUGGCCCGGACGUUGAUGGUUACCAGGAUUCCCAAAGAGAUCACAGAUACAUCUCUUGUUAUCAAACACUUCCAUGAGGCUUAUCCAAGCUGCACAGUGACUGGGGUCCAAUUUUGCUCUGAUGUUCACAGACUGAUGAAGCUGGAUUCAGAGAGGCGCAAGGCAAUGAAAGGGAGGCUUUACUUCACAACCAAGGCUCAAAAGGAAGGGAAAAUUAUGAUCAGAAUCCAUCCUUGUUCCCGAAUCUUCUGCUGCCGUAUUUGUGGCUUUGAAGAGGUGGAUGCUGAGCAGUACUAUGGGGAGCUAGAGGAGAAACUGACAGAUGAGUUUAAUGCUGAACGCAGCCGGAUUGCUCUCAAGCGCCUUGACAUGGCCUUCGUCACAUUCCAGGAUGAAAGGAUGACGGCCACUAUUUUAAAGGAUUACAGCCGCAUCCGCUGCCACAGGCAUCCGCAGCAGUCAUCUGUUACUACAGUGGUGAAGUCCCAUUGCUGGGGUGUCAGCUACGCCCCUGCGCCCAAUGACAUCAUCUGGGAGAAUUUAUCUGUUGGUGGUGCUUUGUGGUGGGUGCGAUUUAUCCUGCUCAACAUCUGCCUCUUCAUCCUCCUCUUCUUCCUUACUACGCCUGCCAUAAUUGUGAACACCAUGGACAUGUUCAACGUUACGCGACCUGUGGAGACCCUCAAGAACCCUGUUGUGACCCAGUUCUUCCCCACACUGCUGCUCUGGGCUUUUUCUGUGUUUCUGCCUUUCAUUGUGUACUACUCAGCUUUCUUUGAGUCACACUGGACAAGGUCCAGUGAAAAUCAGAUCACAAUGCACAAGUGUUAUUUCUUUCUGGUAUUUAUGGUUAUCAUCUUGCCUUCACUUGGAUUGACCAGUUUGGAUCUCUUCUUUCGCUGGCUAUUUGACACUCAUUUUGUGGAUCGAGCAGAGCUAAAAUUUCAGUGUGUUUUUCUCCCUGAUAAUGGUGCUUUCUUUGUCAACUACGUUGUCACUUCCAGCCUGACUGGGACAGCCAUGGAGCUAUUGCGCAUCCCUGGACUCAUUGUCUACGCCACACGGCUCUGCUUUGCCAAGUCUGAACCCGAGCGGCUCCACAUCAAGCGGAAUCAAGCCUAUGAAUUCCAGUUUGGAUUGGAAUAUGCCUGGACUUGCUGCAUAUUUGCUGUGGUGAUGACCUAUAGCAUCACCUGCCCCAUUAUUGUCCCCUUUGGUUUGCUGUACAUGCUACUGAAGCACAUGGUUGACCGCUACAAUAUUUACUACGUCUACGUUCCUACCAGGCUGAACCAACGCAUCCAUUCGGCAGCUGUAAAUCAGGUGGUGACAGCACCCAUUCUCUGCAUGUUUUGGCUGCUCUUCUUCUCCAUUCUCCGUCUAGGCUCUGUUCGUCCCAUUACCAUCUUCACCUGCGUGGUUCUUCUCUCCUGCAUUCCCUUUUCCUUCUUUGGUCUGUGCCUGAAGAAGUUUCAUCCAAGGAAACCUUCCAGUUAUCAGAUGUCGGAGCAGUCUGAGGGAGCUUUCAAUGAUACAGAAACAAGUAGCAUCUCUUCCACACCCAAUUCAAAUAUGUUUGUGGCUACCGUGCUUCAAGAGCCAGAACUAAGUCUUACGCCAGCAGCUUCCCCAGCCCAUCAGUCUUACGGCACGAUGGGCAGCCGCCUGGAGCAAGCAGAGAAUAUAGAGGAGAGUGGCCUGCCAAGUUUUGAAACAGAACUGGAAAGCACAGAAGGCAAAUACAGAACCGGGCCCAUGCUGGACACCCAAACUCACUAUCAUUGAUUCCGUCCUGCCAGACCAAAGACAGAUGGACAGAAGUGUUGAAUCUUCAGAACGCUGGAAGAAAGCAUCAUAAUCCAAAGUCUAAAUUGUCCUGAGCUGCUAUACCAAUCCUGCUAUAAGACAGUUUGGGGCAAAGACCUGGUAUAACUUGGAUCAGAACCAGUCAGGCAGAUGGAUGAUGGGCCUUUUCAAGUCUUGACAUCACUGGCCAUGCUGUUAGGAUGGUGGACACAGAACAAAUAGAGAUGUUCUGAAGAGAUAGUGUUAUUUCUAUCCUAUACGCCAGCUGCUUAGCAGCAUGUUCAAUAUGUUACCUCUAUUCUUCUGCUCCAGGUUGACAGACUACCAUUGCCUGGCUCUUUCUGUGUCUUCUGGUAAAUCAUCUUAAGCCUCAGUGUUCCAUAUACUUUUCCCCCCUCUCCCCAAUAUUUUGCUUUUUUUAAAAAAAUUGUUUUGGUCAUAUGGAAAUAUUUCUCUAGCUUCAGCAAUCUUCUCAUGGCAGCAAAAAGAAAGAAAGGACUAUUUUGAUUUGAACAGUACAAUGUCCAUAAAAGCUGUGAUCCUUUCUAUAAACCAUUAGUGAAGGGGGGAAGACAUAUGGAAUGCUGAGCAUCUUCUGAUACACAUUCAAGAUCACUGCAAAUCUCAAUGUAUUGCCAGCUGCAGAACCAAAGGCCUAUAUUUCCUGAAUGAUACAGAGUAUUGCUUCUGGUGCAGUUACUGCUUUUGUCCAAAUCCGUUGCCUCUAAGAAAGACUUGCCAUGCUAAUUUGGUUGAA